AUGGCAAACGAACCGCAAGUGAAUUUGAAAAAGCUAUUUGAUCUGGACCCGUACCUCAAUUCACACGAGCAAGAAAUUCGGCGCAGAAACACCGAAUUCCGAGGUUGGAUCAAACGGUUGAACGAGCUGGAGGGUGGAUUGAAUGAAUUUACCCAAGGAUAUAAGUACUACGGUUUGCAUAUCGCCCAGGACAACAGUGUUGUCGCCCGUGAAUGGGCUCCCGGCGCCAAGGAAGUGUUCCUAACAGGAGAUUUCAAUAACUGGCAAUGGUUAGCAACGCCGUACGAAAAACAACCCUUUGGAAAAUGGGAACUCAAAAUCCCGCCGAAUCCGGACGGUUCCUGCGUAAUCCAACACCUGUCCGAGAUCAAGGUGAUUAUACGCAAGCAGGACGGUUCGCUCAUCGAUCGUCUGUCACCGUGGGCAAAGUAUGUCGUGCCACCACCCAAAGAAUUGGGAGUAAAUUUUCAACAGCGCGUAUGGCAUCCUCCGGCGCAUGAAAAGUACAUGUUCCGCCACCAGAAACCUACUCGUCCGCGUGCGCUGCGUAUUUACGAGUGCCAUGUUGGUAUCGCAACGGAAGAAUACGGCGUGGGGACGUAUCGGAACUUUGCCGACAAUAUCGUUCCACGCAUAGCAAAGCUGGGCUACAACACCAUACAGGUGAUGGCCAUCAUGGAGCACGCGUAUUACGCUAGCUUCGGGUAUCAGAUUACUAGUUUCUUUGCUGCCUCCAGCCGCUACGGAACGCCUGAUGAGUUGAAGUACAUGGUGGAUAAGGCGCAUGAACACGGUAUCUUUGUGCUUCUCGAUGUGGUACAUUCGCAUGCGAGCAAAAACACGCAAGAUGGACUGAACCAGUUCGAUGGUACCAAUGCCUGCUACUUUCAUGAUGGAGCUCGUGGAGAUCAUACGCUCUGGGACAGUCGCCUUUUCAAUUACUCCGAGUAUGAAGUGCUUCGAUUCCUUCUAUCGAACCUUCGCUGGUGGCGCGAUGAAUACAACUUCGAUGGAUAUCGUUUCGACGGUGUUACCUCAAUGCUGUACCACUCCCGUGGCAUUGGGGAAGGUUUCUCUGGCGAUUACAAUGAGUACUUUGGGCUGAACGUCGACACGGAAGCACUCAUUUAUCUGGCCAUCGCCAACUACUUCCUGCACGAGAUGGACCCUAACGUAAUCACGAUUGCAGAGGACGUCAGCGGCAUGCCAACACUCUGUCGCCCAACCGAGGAAGGAGGUGUUGGAUUUGACUAUCGUCUUGGCAUGGCCAUCCCGGACAAGUGGAUACAGGUGUUGAAAACGAAGAGUGACGAAGAUUGGAACAUUGGUAACAUCGUGCACACGCUUACGAACCGUCGGUGGAAGGAGAACACGGUCGCCUAUGCCGAAUCGCACGAUCAGGCGCUGGUUGGUGAUAAAACGAUCGCUUUCUGGCUAAUGGACAAGGAGAUGUACACGCACAUGUCUACCCUGUCCGAUUCCAGCCUUAUCAUUGACCGUGGCAUUGCGCUGCACAAGAUGAUCCGUCUGAUCACGCACGCCCUUGGUGGGGAGGCUUAUCUCAACUUUAUGGGCAACGAAUUCGGGCAUCCGGAGUGGUUAGACUUUCCGCGCAUCGGUAACCAAGAGUCGUAUCACUAUGCACGCCGGCAGUGGCAUUUGGUCGAUGAUCAAAUUCUAAAGUAUCGCUUCCUGAACGAGUUCGAUCGUGCGAUGCACCAUGCUGAGGAAAAGUACCACUGGCUCGAUUGCCUGCCGGCGUACGUCAGUUGGAAGCACGAGGAUGAUAAGGUGAUCGCAUUCGAGCGCAACAAUCUGCUGUUUCUGUUCAACUUUCACAGCACCAAAAGUUUUACCGAUUAUCGUAUCGGCGUGGAGCUGGCCGGUAAGUAUCGCAUUGUGCUAAGCUCGGAUGAUGCAGAAUUUGGGGGUUUCAAUCGUAUCGAUAAGAAUGUCGAGCAUCAUACAUUCCCGGAGGGUUGGGCUGGCCGUCGGAACUACAUGCAGCUAUAUCUGCCCUGCAGAACCGCUUGCAUCCUCGCGCCACAGUAA